AUGCUGAACAGAAAAGUUGUCAAAAGCAAUAUCUUGCUGAAAAAACUUUUUGUUGUUGUUGUUCUGUUGACUAUUUAUACUAAUUUUACUAUAAUUUUCUACAAUGACUUCACCUAGAAGUGGAUAUCCUCAAAGAGGAAUUCCGGGAAUGUUUUCACCUCCAAUGAACUCGCCAAUGUUUUCACAUGCACAAUCCUCGCCAAGAUUCUCACCAGUUAACUCUUCACAAGGGAGAUAUUCACCAUCAUAUUCAUCACAACAUACUCCUGUGAAUUCAUCACAAGGAAGGUAUUCGCCCACUAAUUCAUCGCAAUAUAUGUAUUCCUCGGCAAAUUCAUCACAAGAUGGACAUUCAUCUAGAAAUCAGUUCAAGGGAGGAUACUCAUCCAGAAAUUCAUCUCAAAAUGCAUCUUUUGGAGGAUAUGCAAGUACAAGAAGUGCCUCACCGCUUCAUCAGCAAGCGCUUCGACAAUCUUUUAACAAAUCAAAGGAUAGUUCUGGUGUUAGCAGUCGUUCGUCUUUAGAUUCAACUGAUUAUAGCCGCCGUUAUAAACCUUAUAAUCAAAAUAAAAGGAAUUACCAAAACAGGAAUUCCUGGAACUCUAACAAGAGUUACAACAUAGAAGAUUAUAUUCUUCCUUCUAUGCUAGAAGAUCCGUGGGCAGGUUUGAAGGCAGACAGAAACAAGGAAUCAGAGGAAUAAGGAUACACACAUGGAAGACAAAGCAUAUUGCUCAACUGUAACUACAUGGUACAAACUCAUGUAAAUUGUUUUUAAUCUGGUUAAAAUUCAUAACACAAAAAAUUGCAUUCUUUCAUCUGAAUUGGAAGGCCCUGACAUAGUUUCAACGCAAGAGAACGAUGAAACAAUAGACUGUACAGGAAAAAAAAUGCACAUUGUAAAUUUUCUAAUUAUAUUGUAAAUUAAAUUCUAGUCAUAAAAAAACUAGAAUUUAAU